GAUAAAUGUUCCUGAGUUAGCUGCGGAAGCUGCUUGCUCAUCCCACAGUUACAAAGAUGGCUCUUGCUAGUGUAUUGAAGAGUGAGUGUGCGGAUUUUUCAUUUGAUAAUAGUUACUCUUUUGCUUUUGGAUAUGAUAACGCACAGAGCGCUCCAGGUCUUGAUUCUGUCCCGGGAGAAAACAUCAGUUUUACCAUCAGGAACCCGCUUUCUGCCCCGGAGGAGGGUGACAUCGAGAGGAAAAUAGAGUUUCUGCAUGGAACCACCACGUUAGCAUUUAAAUUCCAGCAUGGUGUUAUCGUGGCUGUGGAUUCUCGGGCUACGGCGGGUUCCUACAUUGCAUCACAGACUGUGAAGAAGGUGAUUGAGAUCAACCCCUACCUGCUGGGCACCAUGGCUGGAGGUGCAGCCGACUGUAGCUUCUGGGAACGUCUGCUCGCUCGUCAGUGUCGCAUCUACGAGCUUCGCAACAAGGAACGCAUCUCGGUGGCGGCGGCCUCCAAGCUGCUGGCCAACAUGGUGUACCAGUACAAGGGCAUGGGACUCAGCAUGGGAACCAUGGUGUGUGGAUGGGACAAGAGAGGCCCAGGGCUCUACUACGUGGACUCGGAGGGAAACCGGGUGAGUGGAGACCUGUUCGCCGUGGGCUCGGGCUCCAUGUACGCCUACGGCGUUAUGGACAGUGGCCUGCGCUACGACCUGUCUGUGGACGAGGCCUGCGAGCUCGGUCGCCGCGCCAUCUACCAGGCCACGUACCGUGACGCCUACAGCGGCGGCCAAGUCAACCUGUACCACGUCCAGAGUGAGGGCUGGACCAGAGUGUCCCAGGACGACGUGCUGAAGCUGCACCAAAAGUACAACGACCAGGAAAAGUUAGAAACAGCCCAGGAGUGAGUUAGGCUAGGAGUUUGUAUUAAACACUUGUUGUAAAAUGUUCCAAAAUGUCACGAGGGUCAACAGAAAGACUCAACUUUAAACAUGUUAGUGUGUGUGUGUUAGUCCUGGCUGCAGCUCAGAGCCUCACGGCUGCUUCAAACACAGCACGUGCUUUAAUGCAGCGCAGCAGUCGGACGACGUCGUUGCUCUACAAACAUCCAAUUUACAUUGUACCCUGAAAAACGACAUCUUUCUCAAUAAAAACCUCUGAUGUUCUUUUCCAA